CCCGGGUUUGCCGUCCUCCUCUGUACUCGCGGCACCGGCGGUCAAGGUCUGAACAUGCAGAUGGCGAAUCAUGUCGUCCUCUGCAGCCCAUGGUGGAAGGAAGCUUGGGUCGCCCAGGCUAUUGCCCGUGCCCACCGCUUCGGCCAGACCAAAGUCGUUCGAGUGUAUUACAUUAGAGCCAAAGGUGUUCAGAUCGAGCGC